AUCUACCUUGAACAAGUACGUUCAUCCGGUUGUCAUUUCGGAGGAGUGACCAAGGAAAGUUAGAAAUGUCAUCUAGAGCUGAAAAAGAAAGAGUUAAGGCUCAUCAAGAAAAGUUUCAGGCUGUUCUUUCGGGUCUUCUUAAAGAUGAAGAUAAUAAAUAUUGUGUAGACUGUGAUGCGAAAGGACCACGAUGGGCAUCUUGGAAUCUUGGAAUAUUUCUAUGUAUCCGUUGUGCAGGAAUACACAGAAAUUUGGGAGUUCACAUAUCCAAAGUAAAGUCAGUGAAUUUGGAUGCAUGGACUACAGAACAAGUAGCUAUGAUGAUGGAGAUGGGAAACAGUAGAGCUCGAGCAGUGUAUGAAGCUAAUGUUCCAGAUGGAUUUAGGCGACCACAGACAGAUUCACGAUCACUAGAAUCCUUUAUACGGGCCAAGUAUGAGCAGAAGAAGUAUAUUGCUAGAGAGUGGGUUCCACCAAAGCCGUCUAUACCCAAGGAGCUGAAAAAUGAUUCGCUGGAGCUGGAAGAUAAGGCUGACAAAAGGAAAGCCAGAGCCAAAAGUUCCGGAAUUCAGCUGAAUACGGUCCCUAAACCAAGCACUAAGGUGGCCUCUGGUAAUGCUGCUAAGCCAAACAGUGAGGAAACAUCUCCUCCUCCUAAAAAAGUUGAGAGUAAAGCACAACCUACCAAGAGUGCACAAGAUCUCCUCGGAUUAGAUAUGUCCCCAAAUAAACAGCCAAACAAUCAGAAUGCAGACCUUCUUGGAGAUUUGAAUGAUUUCAUGAGUGCACCUAGUCAGCAACCAGCAUCUGCCACACCCUCUAGUCAGCCUCCACAACAGAAUGGAAAUGCAGAACCCAAUUUAUUUGAGGACUCCAGCAGCUCAGCUGAUAAGGUUCCAGAGAAGUCCACCAAGGAUUCUAUCAUGGCCUUGUUUGGGCCGACUGGAAUGCCUCAGCAGCAGCAGCAACAACCACAACCACAACAGUUUGGUGUACCAGCUGGUGGUACCUCCUACUUUUAUGUACCCCAAACCGAGGUUGGCAUUCCCAACCAGUAUGAAGCAGGUGGUAUGUACAUGCCCCAGAAUGCCAACCCUGGAAUGUAUGGGAUGCCAGGGGCAGUACCAGCCCAGACAACAGGCAUGAUGUAUCAGCAACCUCCUCAAGGAAUGAUGGCCAUGCCCCAGCAGCAACAGCAGCAGCAGCAGCCUAAUAUGUACGCAGGAAUGAUGGGCAUGCCUCAGCAGGGUAACAUGGGGAUGGCAGCCAUGCCCCAGGGCAAUAUGGCUAUGUAUGGCCAACAACCACAACAGAUGCAGCAGCAGAUGCAGUAUCAGCAGAUGCAGCAGCAGAUGUCAGCCAUGCGAGUGGGAAGUGGAAACAUGAUGGGGCCACCAAUGUCGAGUACAGGGGGGUUAAACUGGGGGGCCCAGAACAGUAGCGGACAUACCCUAUCUACCAACCUAUGGCAAUGAUGGUUGCUGUUUUAGAUGAUUUACUCUGUUUGUUGUCAUAUGUAUGGAAUUCCGGUGGAAUAUCUGUCACAUUUGCUGACAGAUGUAGGCCAACAGGAUGGAGGGAGUCAAAAUUGCGUUAACCAUAUUUAUCUGGGGGGAGAAAGUCACUGUGGCAAGGAAGAGCGGGACAAGGAAAGAACAUUCCAGUAGCAGAUUGUGUAUUAAUCACUCAAUGUUAAUAGGAGUAUGCCAGCUAAUUUUUAAGGUUAUAUCUGUUUAGCUAUAGUUCAUGCAGGGAAGUAAUUCUGUGACAUAGUGGGAUGUAAAUUAGAACUACCACAGGGUGUUUUUGUAAUACAUUCAGAUGAUAUUAGAGACAUCUUUUUCACAUGUUAAGUAUUACAAUAUUACCUCUGUCAUCAUUGUCUCUGUGUACCUUUUAUUGUAUCCGUUUAGAAAGUCGAUAUGUAUAUGCAAUUAAGAGUAAAUGCAGGCUUGCUCAAGGUUUUUGUUCGUAUAAGCUAUAUCCUGGGUACAUCAUCAGUAUUCCACCCCAGACGAUAUUGAUGUGUAUGGAUGUUGCUGCAAGCACAUGUGUUGUCGAUGUAGUGCUUUAUCUUCUGUCUCUAUCAUUCUUACAAUAUUUUUGUAAGUGUGACAAAAUUUUAAAUGACCAAUUCUUAUAAAAUGUUAAAAUUACCACGUCAACACAUUGCUUCCAUUCCAUUUGCUACAUAGUCAUUUGGAUGAGGAAUCGUUGUACAAAUCAAACUAGAACAACGGUUAUAUUGAAAUACUCGAAACAUAAUGUAGCACAGUAUAGCAGUUUCUCCUGCAGGACAGGUGGUUGUAGUGUGAUACAACUGAUCUACUGUUACAUCCAAGUCAUAGCUUGUUAUUCCCAAAUAAAAAACUGUGAUCUAUUUUUAAUUUUAUUACAUGUCAAAAUUUUGUCUUAAAGAAAUCAUGAAUAUUUUUGUCAUGCAUAUUUGGAAAAGUGCCAUCUUUAUUUUUUCUCUUCUUUCUAAAAUGAUGAAGUGUAUGUUCCUUACUGCCAUUGAACGCUAUCUGUGGACAAUGAAAGUGUAUCACAAUUGGGAUCAGUAGUAAUUGAACAUUACCCAGUACAAAUAAACAGUGGCUUUAGGGAAUAAAAUGUUUCUUCGUUAGACAGUUUGCUAAUAAAGUAAGCAGGGCUUCAGGCCUUUCCACCACACAGACUCCUGCACAUGUGACGGGCUGUACAGAGGUACUCCACGUAGGGAGAAAUCAAGUUUGCAGUAUCUGCUCAAGUGAAAUCAGUAUGAUUAGUGCAAAAAAAAUCAAUUGGUUGAUUGAUUACUAAGAAGCUUCUAAUUUGAAACAAGUUUGGUCAAGAUGAUGAAUAUUCCUGACUACCACAUUGUUUUGGCUUGAAUAAUUCAAGUACCCGGGUACUCAUGUGUGACAAAUUUUGUAAACAACACCUAGUGGACUGCUAUAAUGCUUAAUGAACUACAAUCUUAAAUCAAACUUUUGUUAAAUGACGACAAAGAUCGUGGAUUCAGUCACAACAGUACAACGGGAUAGUGACAGUUCUGUCUGUAAUCAUUGUUCCACAGAAUAUUCUAGAUUUCUCUUUCUGUUGCUAUUUUGAUCAAUGUUGAUAUGUGUGAAUACAAAUUCCUUUAUAUCUUUCACCUUUUCAUCUUUGAUUUGAACUCCAUCUACUUGAAGUACAGGCAAUCAACGUCACUGUAACAAAAGUGGGAUGCAGCUUUCUGAUUGCAUCAGUACAUGUACAUUCAAUACAAUCAACACUUGUCAAGGUGGUGAUGUACUUUUGUCUACAGAUAGAGUUCAACAGCAGUAAAUGUUGUUCAUUACAUUAACAUAAUACGUCAACAUCUAAUGGAAGCCAAGGAAAUAUAUUUCUUUGCUUUCUAAACUGACCAGGAUAUGAAACUGUUUCUAGUGUCUAGGCAGACAAACUGUUUCUAGUGUCUAGGCAGACAAACUGUUUCUAGUGUCUAGGCAGACAAACUGUUUCUAGUGUCUAAGCAGACAUGAAAAUGACGCACAAUCAAUAAGCUGGAAAAUAAAAGGAGUUACGAUAUGUUUAUUAUUCAUCUUCACAUGAACACUGACAUGUUACACAUAGUGACACUUGCUUGUUAGCAGAUCUAUUUGGACAUGAAUGUAUACAGUAUAACUCUUAUUCUUCCAAAUAUGAUUUCAUUUUUUGUAACAUAAUCAUUUUCGCCUUUUGGUUUGAAAAUAUCUGUGUGUUUCUUUAUUGGGUCUGUACUAGUUGUACUUGGACCAGUUAGUUCCAAAUAGGUACAGUGCCGUAGAAUGGAAUGCAAUGAUUGAAUCUCAACAAGGGUUCCCAAGAUGGCAACUGUCUCUGCAAAAUAUAUGCUUCAAACAUAAACACAAGAUUGAUUUAUGUUUUAACAAUGUAAGGGAUAUAGAAUCAGUAUAUUCUGAAUUAUUCUAUCAAUGAAAAUUUCCUGUCUCAUUUUUAACAAAAAUGCAUUUGCAAGACAAAUGAAAGUGUUCCAAUUUAGAAAAUGAGCCAUAUGAACCAGUUUGCUUCUGCUGGUACACCACAUUCUAUUAUAAGCACAGUAGAUUUGUUACAGUACAGCUGGUAUGAACCCGAUAAAGGAAAGCAUGGUAUAUGUCCUGGUACAUUUAUAUAAUUCAACAUCACUGUGUGACGGGUUGGGACAUCAAAUUUUAUACCAUAUAAUGUUGGCUGAAUUCAGCAAGAGAAACAUUUUGGAAUGUUUGCAAAUGGAAAAUUAAAUAAAUGUUUACGAAUGUUCUUAAUCAGUUCCUGGCUGAAUAAACCCAAUUUGUUUUUUUUUAAACUCUAUUUAAAGUAUUACUUGUUUUGUUUGUUGACAUUUCGUGUUUUCUGGUGAUUUUUACUUAAAUUUACAAUGUGUUUAUUAGGUCAGUCUACACAUGUACAUUGUACAUAUCUUAAGCUACCUGGUAUCGAGAUUGAAGUGGGGCAUGGCUCGGGCAUGGCUCCAUUUUAGGUAGUUCCGUGAUCCUGAUUCAAAGGAUUUAUAUCUGGCCUCUGUAUUUUUCAUUAACGAAAUUAAUGUUUUCCAGUGGUUCAUUUUAUUCAGUUUCAUAGGAAGUCUCCCUAUUAGAAAUAACUUAAAAGCACCUUGUCGUGUAGCAGAAUUGAUCUACAAUUGAAUUUGAUAUUAUAAUAUCCUGUCAAAAUCUAUCAGUAAGCACCAAUUAUUGAGUUUUCCCUGUGUGCAAAUUAUCAGAACAAUUGAGGAAUUUCCUACUCUGUGUUCAUCAUAAUAUGUGUAGUGUAGGAAUCAUCAGGUUAGGAAUCAUCAGUGGAUAGGUUGAUGUCUGUAAUGUGUAUCACUUAAUGAUGUUAUAUUUUUCACUCAUAGGGAGGGGGGUCUGUGGAGGGCUAUCAUCAUCAUAGGCUGUUUAUUCUCCAUCAUCAUCAUGAGUUUGAAAAUACAUAGUACAUGUAUUUAUUAACGUUGUAAUGGAUUUUUAUAUUAUUAUAGAUUUGCCAAAUAUGCUUUAAAUUUACUAAAUCUCUUCACAAUCAGUUGUGAGUUAAAACAGUGUCACUCGAUUAUAAUUUAUAAUGGGACAUGAAUACAUGUAGCAAGUUAAUAGGGGAUUUAUGUUACGAUUAUGAAUAUAAACUACAACGAUUUUAAGUCUAAAUCAUGUUUCUGGUUCUUUUUUUAUAUAUUAAUUUUGUCUUUGGUUUCAUACUCUAAUUUCCACAUGUCAUUAAUUUUCUUGACAUUCAUUCAAUUUAUCAGCUAUUAUUUUAUUAGUUCACUUGUCCCAAAUGGUCAAAUGAGCUCAUGCCAUGAUGCAAUAUCAUGUUCUGUCGUCCGUCCAAUGCCAACUUUUCAUUUGAAAGAUUAUUAGUCCAGAAGAACAAAUUUUAACUUUUAUUUGGCAUGGAUUUUCUCCAGGGUCUAUCGGAUAAAGUGUUGUACAGUAUCUAUUAAUUAUUUAUUUUGUAACAAUGCAAAUCAAGUUAUAUCAACUUAUAUUUAGGCCCAUAUAGAAGUGUGGAAGUGUGUUGCUGAGUAUAAGAGAAAGAUGUGUCCACAUGAGGGUAGAGGGUAAAUUUUGGCCAAAAUUUCUACGGAACAGUUGUAGAAAUAAAGAAUUUGUUUUUUCCGGGGUGGAGACGAUGGGAUCCAAUAGGGAAAUGGUACUCUUAUCAUUCAGUAUAGUUGAAAGAAUUUUAGUCAAAUUAAAAUUGGGCGGGGGGUUAAAAUAAAAGAUAUGAUCCUAAUAAAAUUUGAACCAAUUGAUUGUAGAUUGCAAUGGCUUUGUUUUUAUAAUUCAUAAAAAAAUGUUACCUGUAAGUAACCUACCAUUAUGAUGUGGUCUGAACAAAACUCUGUUCAUUUUAGUCACCAUAGAUAGAAGAUUUACCCCUCCAUUUUAUUUAUAUUCAUGGAUGAAUGAAGAAUAUACAAAAUAAAAUUACGUUUUAUGUGGGGAGGACAGAGUGACUCUAGUGGAUGUGCAUUAUGAUGUGUUGGUUUUAUAUUUUAUAAUUGGGAAUCAUGAGGUUAACAUUGUGAACAAGUGUGUCUGUUUUAAAAGAUCACAGUAUAGUAUUAGUAAUGUCAUUGAAUUUUAACUUUCAAAUUAUCUACAUACAAGUAUUAUUUUAAGAUACAAGUCAGGUUGCUGUUGGCACCCUAACGGAAAACUUUCACUUACAUGUCAUAGUAAUGAAGUCAAUAUUUCAUAGUUUAAAUAAUUUCCAUAUCCAAUUUUAGAUGCAAAUUUAUAAAGUCAAAAUAUGGUAUUGGACUUUGGUUGAAAUCCCAGCAUUAGUUUGGAGCAAUACUUAUGGUAGGUUUCAUUUCCUUGUAUUUAACCUUCAUGUCAGUAAUAUAAUGGUGUAAGUGCUUCAGUUUGUAAUUAUCUAAAUCAUUAAACUCAUUAUGCUUACAAUAAUUUGUUUAAAAUCAUUUUGAAAAGUAACUGAUAAUAAGAGUUUGUGCAAUUUCCUUUUAAAAUGGUUCCUGGUUUUAUAUCUAGUACCAGUAUGUGUUGUUGAUAUAUUUAUUUAAAAGUCAAUGUUAUCUACACCGAUUUGUAAAUAAUGAAACACUGUAAACAACUGAAUUGUCAGUGUGUUUUCACUGUAUAUAUCAUUUUAGCAAUGUAAUGAAAAAAAACUGACAUUGUAAUUCAUGUAUAAAAAAAUAAACAAAAAAAAAGUC